AUAAAACGUUUUCCGGUGUUGCGUAAGGAGGACACUAACAUCAGUAGGGUGUAAACUGACCAACCUUGAGGAACCGAUAUGUCCGGAGUUGUGGUUAAACGAAUUCUAGGUCAAACAAGCAUUUGCAGAAAAUGUCUGUUUUUAAAUCUUUCCCGUAACAUACAGAAUGUAGGAUCAUCCAAAGUUUCUGCUGUUAAUCUUGCAUAUGACUACCAAGAAACACCCAAUGAUUACGAUGUCCUCCCCCCAUUGAUCAUAAUGCAUGGGUUAAUGGGUUCUUCUUCGAACUGGGCCACCAUAUCCAAGGUGCUGGCGAACACUGAUAGAAAGGUACCAUUGGCCAGAAAAUACCCCUCUCGGAAAAUACCAGUGAUAAUAAGAUUAGAUGCUCGUAAUCAUGGUAAUAGCCCACACAGUGAAGAUAUGUCUUAUGAAGCAAUGUCCUAUGAUGUGCUGAAGGUGAUGGAUAACAUGAAGAUCGAGAAAGCCUGUCUGAUGGGCCACAGUAUGGGAGGGAAAGCUUUCAUGACAACAGCACUGCUACAUCCAGAGAGGGUUUCAAGCUUAAUUGUGGUGGAUGUUUCACCCACCCUUAGUCCCGGUGCCAAAUACUUCCCGAGUUACCUACAAUGUAUGUUAAAGAUCAGCUCACAACUACCAGAGAUGGAAGGAGUACCCCUCACAAAAGCCAGAAACAUGGUUGUAGAGGCACUGGAGGAGGUAGAAGAGCACCUGGGUGUUCGGCAGUUUCUGGCAGCAAACCUUAUCCAGGUGGAUGGAAAGCUGAAAUGGAGAGUGAAUCUGGAUGCAAUUAUCAAUAAUUAUCAGGAUUUGGCCAGUUUUCCCAAGUUUGACACAAAGUAUGAGGGACCUACCCUGUUUGUGGGUGGAGAGAAGUCUGAGUAUAUUAGCCCAAGCACAACGCCAGACAUCAUGAAUCUCUUUCCCAAUGCUUUUAUUGUACACAUACCAAGGGCAGGUCACUGGGUGCACUCAGACAAUCCAUUUGAGUUCCUGGAAUGUGUUAUAGGAUUUCUGAAUGCUGAAGCUGAGGGACAAUUAUAUAAAAAUGUGCCAAGCUAAUCUAAUGAACCAAAUUUUAGUCAUAAUUUCUUUGAUGUUUUUAUCAUUCAGUGGAAUCAGUGCUAUUAAGUUUUUAAGAUUACAAAUGGAAAAAAUAAA